UGAGGCUGUUCCUCUUUCCUCUGUUUCAGAACCUAUUAAUAAUUUAUUUUGCUUGUCAACAACUAAGUGAAUUCUAAUGAUUGACGAGGACAGCUGGAGUGUCUGUCAUACCACCUUUGCAUAGGUUUUUGUUUAUGUUGUAAAUUGUCAAGUUAUGGAAAUUCAGCACUGAAUGGAAAACAGAGGAUUUUGUUACAGUAUAGGAUAUCUUCAUUUGUUAACUUGAGCCCUGUGGUGUGAAGAGACAUGAAGGCUCUGUUUGGACUGUUGGUGAUGUUAGCAGCAGUGUCUCAUGGCAUGGAGACCCCCUGUGAUGCUACACUGGAUGGAGCUCAGUGUUAUGGAACUCUGGGAGGAACUGUCUUUCUCCAGCUGAUACACGAUCCCCAGUGUCCCCUCCUCAGCUGUCCUCUCAGUGUCUGACCCAUGGAGAGAUGAGGGUGUCCUGCUCCUCUGAGGGGGACGGUCCCCAGUACAGCUGGUCUCUGGACGGACACCCACUGAGAGACACUGAGGCCUCUCCUGGUGACAAGACAAACACCAUUACACUGAAGAGAGGCCAGUCUGGAGAUCUCACCUGCACCGUCAAAAACAACAUCAACAGUGUUACUGUGAGCAAAAUAAUCUCCCCCUGUGAGGGGAUUAUGUAUGUUAACUGCACUUCCAACGGGACAAAGAUAUCAGAGUGGGUGAUUGCCACUGGUAAUACCCUGUGUAUUGAGCUUACAACAGUGGCACACACAACUGUGACAAAUGCCUUCACCAGUCAAACAGAGGCAACCAAAGAGAUCAUAGGGAUGGUAGCAGUGUCUCUGGCAGGUGUAGUCCUUGUCCUAGUGGUGGUGUUGGCAGUUUACUGUGUCCAGAAGAAAAAGAAACCUCCAAAGACUUCAGUUCAUGUUGACAGUCAGGAUGUGGAAUACGCGAAUGUCAGGACACUGAAGAAGCAGAUGAGACUGCAGGAAAGAAAGGUGGAGUACAGACAGGUGAAAAUCACUGAGGCUCCCCAGCAGCCAUUGGAGGUGUUUGGACAGAAUAAAACAUUAGAGGGUCCCCGGGGGAAGGUAGGCACACCUGAGGAGGAGGACUGUGUGUACGCCAGGGUACGCAAAGGCCAGUGAGCAAGAUACUGUCUAGAUUCAAUAUAACAGAAGGAGGCUGAUUUAUAGGAAAGUACAACGCAGUGUCCAUCUUUCUAUUUGCAUAUCAUCCCUAACAGGUAUUGCAUAUCUUACAGAUUUUGUCCAAUUAUUACUAGAUUCAUGUUUUCAAAGGUGGUCAUUACUUAAUUUGCAAUAUGUACACCAAGUCUUAAAGAACAACCAAGUUAAAUCAUUUGACGAACUAAGUUCAGACUUCCAUUUGCCAAAGUCAGAUUUCUUUAGCUAUUUACAACUAAGAUACUAUUUAGUGAAACACCCCAAAUAGGUAAAUACAAAGGGUGAGUACUCUCCCAUAGAAAAACUCAAUAAUCAGAAAAUGGCAACUAGUAGUCAACAAAUAAAACUGCACCAAUAUGUUGAUAUCAUGGCACUGCGCAAUACUCUGCAAACUAAGAGCAAUUGGGAACCUGAACUUGGGGAGAACAUUAAAAAUUAAACUUGGGAGGCAAUACCCAAUACCAUUUGGGGUACUUUCUAACUCCAGACACAAUGGUGAAGAUAAGUAAAGAAACAACCAGUGAAUACUGGAGAAAAUGUGGGGAAUUGUUCACAAACUACCCACUUAUUUUGGGAUCUUGUUCCAGAAUGAUGAACUUCUGGAAUUAUGUUUUUGACUUUGUUAACAAUAUGUUUAAAUGCUUCCUGGCAAAGGACCCAACGAGUAUUACAAAAUGCCUAUCUAUUGAUUAUACUCCUGUCUGCAGCAAAUAAAUGUAUUACAGCACAUUUGUUAAAUAAGGACAUUCAUACUAUGAAAGAGUGGAAUUGUAGAGUGAAAUGAAUGUAUUUCAUGUAGAAUAAAAUUACAAAUAGAUAUAUCUGAAAAAAGAUGGGAACCGCUCCUUGUAAAUAACAUUGUGUAGACUUAAGACUCAUUAGUCUUGAAGCAAACAAACAUAUGCUGAAUGUGAUUACUAAUUUUUGCUUUUCUUUUUUCAAAUUGUAUUUCCUUUUGAUGCUUACGGUGCCUUCAGAACAUUUUACAGCCUGAAUUUAAAAUUGAUUCAAUUGAGAUUUUGCUUACUCACAAUAAUGUCAAAGUGGAAUUGUGUUUUUUUUAUGUUUACAAAUGAAUAAAAACUGAAAAUCAGAAAUGUCUUGAGGCAGUAAGUUUUCAAGCCUUUUGUUAUAGAAUGCACAAAUAAGUUCAGGAGUAAAAUGUUCUUUAACAAGUCACCUAUGUAUGCAAUAGUAGAGUGGCAAAGAAAUUAACUUCAUAUCCUCGAAUACAAAGUGUUAUGUGUGGGGCAAAUCCAACACAACACAUAAAUGAGUAUCACUCUUCAUAUUUUUAAAAAUGGUGGUGGCUGCAUCAGGUUAUGGGUAUGUUUGUUAUCGGCAAGGACUAGGGAGUUUUUUAGAAUAAAAAGAAACGGAAUAGAGCUAAGCACAGGCAAAAUCCUAGAGGAAAACCUGGUUCUGUCUGCUUUCCAACAUACACUGGGAUACAAAUUCACAUUUCAGCAGGACAAUAACCUAAAACAUAAGGCCAAAUAUACACUGGAGUUGCUUACCAAGAUGACAUGAUAUGUUCCUGAAUGGUCUAGUUACUGUCUUAACUUAAAUUGGAUUGAAAAUCUACGACACGACUUGAAAACAGCUGUCUUGCAAUGAUCGACAACCACCUUUACAUAGCUGGAAGAACUUUUAAAAUAAUAAUGUGUAAAUAUUUUCCUACCCAGGUGUGCAAAGCUCUUACAGACUUACCCAGAAAGACUCACAGCUGUAAUCACUGCCAAAGGUGAUUCUAACGUGUAUUGACUCAGGGGUGUGAAUACAGGGGUGCAAAAAUAAAUGAGAUAUUUCAAUA